ACUAGAGAAAGAGAGAGCCGAACGCAUGGAACUCGAGGUAUGUCUUUGAUUGGGUACCAUCCUGAUAGAUAUUAUACAUAAAACAAAACGGAUCCUCACAGAUAUAUUUUUUUUUAUUUUGUUCGUAACAUGUCCUUGUUAUCCUUGAUACAAUAGAUGUGACGUCUUUAGGUUGAAUUAAAUUAAAUUAAAAGAUAUAAGUCGCGAUAUUUAUGUUUCAUUGUUUCGGGUGUUUUUGCGAAAAUGGAAGAGUUGGUUUACAAGAAGGGUCUAUUGGAGAAAUCGAGACAAAUCAAUCAGCAGUUGAAGGAAAAACUGAUGCUAUUGGAAAGUGAACGUGAUGAUCUCAGGGAAAAAUUCAGGCAGAACGAAGUGAUCAUUGUUGAUAAGAAGAACGAGUUAAAUAACCUUCUGGAGGAAUUGCAGAAAGAAAGAAGGGCUAAUCUGGAACAAUCCCAGAGAUUGCAGAUUUGUAGAGAACAAAUAGAAUCGAUUAACCAGUUUAUAAAAGAAUUGAAGCCCAUCAAAGAACAACUGGACUUCAAAAGCAACGUGACCGAAUGUCUACACGAACUACUAGUGAAGACCAAGCUAAGGAUUGCCGAAAGCGACGACCUCCUUCAAGAACUCCACGAUCACUACACCGCUCUAGAAUACGAUGUGGAGAAGUCCAAAGACAUUUACUACAAAGGGAUCAACCAGUGGCAGGAUGAAUUUCUAGCCGCCAGAUUAAGAGAGGCCGACGUGAACCUAGAAUUCGACAAACUAAAACGAGAUAUAGCCACGAUCAAAUAUGACUUAGAAGAACGACGAUUGAUUCGUGAGGCUACAGAACAAAUGCAAGGUAAAACAUCGAAAACGAACAGAGAUUCUCUAAGAAAGAAGGAUAAGACUCACGAGAUGAUCAUAGACGAAGAUGAAAGACUGACAGGGAUAAUUUUAGACUCGCUUAAUGAAAUAGAUCACUUAAAACAUCAGCUAAAAAAAUUAGAAGACCAAAAAGACGACUGUGAAAAAAAGAUCAAAUCCAACGAAGAAAUUAAACAACAACUAAGAGAAGUAAGGAGAAGCAUAUGGUUAAGAGAGUUCGAAAACAACCAGAAAAUUGAAAACUUACGAGAAAAAUACCAAAAACUUUCGGACCAAAUGACCAAAGAACUGUCCAAAAUUCAAGAAAACAUCGAAGAGAAAGACUUGGCUAUUGGAAGGAUAGAAGAAAAAAUUAAAAAUUUAGAAAUAUUGAAUGACUCAAUGGAAACCAAUAUGAUGACCGACAAUUUAACAGAAGAUGCAGCGGAAAAACUAGAAGAAGAAAGAAAUAGUCUAGAAAAUGAGUUUCUUUUUCAGAUAGAACGAUUAAAAAAAAGCUGAAAAAAAUGUCUGCCCUGAUUCAAACGCUGGAGUCAAACAGUGAUUGGUGCUCAACAAAGUCUGAAUACUAACCUGUAAAUAAAUUAUUUUUUAAAAAACGCCAUAAUAACAGACACCAAUAAUUAGUAAAUGCCCAAAAAUUCGUGCCAUGUAAUUGUCAACCUUAUGCCAACUAUAUGCAUAGAGUUGAAAUUUAAAAAGGAAAAAUCAUUAGGAUUCAGUGUAAUAUUAGUUGCAUACUUACCAAGUCAAUUCAAAAAUGUCAUUAAUGUUUUAAUAUUUUAUUUCAAUUUUAUUUUUAUUGUUUUAGUCAUGUAGAGCGAGGUUUAUGUAAAAGAUAUAAGUACAAAUUUACAGUAAAAGCAAACAUUAAUAACUGUC